AUGGCUAGCAUGAACAGCGGUAGCAUGCCAGAGAACGAGAAAAAGACAAGCAAAGGACGGCAAAAGAUAGAAAUCAAGAUGGUUGAAGCCCACAACAAACGCCACGUUACUUUUUCCAAACGCAAACAUGGAAUUUUCAACAAAGCCGCAGAGCUAAGCGUCUUGACAGGUGCAGAGAUCGCAGUCAUGGCAUUCUCUCGGCACGGCAAGGCCUUCGCCUUCGGAAGCCCCGGCUUCGAAGCCGUCGUCCAAAAGUAUUUAGGGCAAGGCUGUACCGCUGACAAUCAUGAUUACUCCCUUUCUUCUUCUGUAACUUGUCACGCAAGUAAAGUGCAGUACCUUGCGGCCAUGAAGCUCCUGGAGGUGGAGACAAGGUGCGGUGAUCAGAAGAUGAGUAAGCAGAAGAGCAAAGAGGUAGAAGAAGCCGCGUCGAGUUGUAGUGGUAAUGGCAAUAAUGGUGGGUUUUGGUGGGAUUGUCCAAUUGAGAGCAUGGAUUUGGAGGAGUUAAAGCAGUGGUUGGUGUCAUUGCAAGAGCUGAAGGACAUGGUGGAGAAGAAAGCUGCAGGGCAGAUUAUAACGAAACCAUCAUGA